CGCAUAUAUCUUUCUCACUGUUCUACAUAAGUCUUAAGUCCAAGGGAGAUCUGCAAACGAAGGCAGAAGACAGAAGGAAGAGGUGCGAGGGCGGAGACAGAAGCCGCAGACUUCCAUACCAUUUCUUCAGAUUCUCUGUCUAUCUGUCUGUCUGUGAUGGCUCCGGCAUCGAAGCCCAUAACAAGCCCCGUCCCCGACGUGUGGUAUCCAACCCUUGCCUUUCUCUUGAUAGCAUCUGGCCUUGCCGUCACUGCCAUGUUCUUCAUCUAUGAAGCUACUUCAUCGAGGCGAAACCGUAGCAUGUCAAAAGAGCUUACGACUGGGGCCGUGGCAUCUAUUUUCCUGGGUUUUGGAUCUUUAUUCUUGCUCCUGGCUACAGGUGUCUAUGUUUGAUCUCUGGUCUGCCUGAAAUAUAUUUGCAACAAAAUCAAUGCCAGUCAAGCCCAUACUUUUGCAUGAGAGACAAUUUUUGACAAUUACUAGCCAUCUAAAAACUUCUGCCUUUUUUAAAGAAAUGUGGGAGGGACCCUUUGUUUCAUUCUGGUAAGAUUUAUUGCUUUGAACCGGUGCAAAAAGUUUCUUCUCUGGAAUGCAAUUAGAUGUUUGCCUUGCA